AUGGGUAACAUAUUCCGAAAUACUACGACUAAAAUCGUUGAUGAUGAUGAUGAUCAACCUGAUCCUACUCGAAUUCGAUUUCCAGCAUCUAUGGGCUCGGAACCAAUUAUAUGUAUCCCACUCGAUCCAAACAUGGAUUCAUCUCCCGAGAAACGACUGACAUUUCGAGUAAGACAGUGUGCCACUGAUUUUCCAGCCACAGUAGAAGCACAUAAAGAUCAUACUAUUGCCAUUCUGAAACAAUAUUUAAUUGAACAUGCUUCGAUACCUUUUCCAAGUAAAGAUGGACGAUGUAAAAUAAUACAAAUAUGGAAUAAAUCAAAUUUACAAGAUGAUCAACCAUUGCAGGAUAGUGGAAGUGAUAAACAUCAGAUGGACAAACGAUAUUUGGGUGGUAGCAUCGAUCAUUUACGAUUGGGUGAAUAUGGUCUGGAAAAUGGAGAUUUUCUCAUGUUCACAAUCAUGUUUCCGCAAAUAGCGAACGUCUCGAAUAAUUUACUGUAA